CUGCCCCCUCCUGGCCACCACGCGGGGCGCACGGGAGAACAGGGGCCUCAUGCUAGCUGCUGGGUAUUGGGAGGGCUUGACGGGCCAGAGGUGACUGAGUGCAGAAGGGCCUCCGGAGCGAGGCUCUGUGUGGAACUGUGAAACUCCCCCCACACACACACUCGCCUCAAUUCCCACUGUGGACUGGGAAGCCGGGGGCUGGCUGGCUACAGGAGGAACUCACAGGGUGGACUUAGCCUGGGUUCUCACUGGAGCAGUUGGACGCCAACGGCAGGGGUCUCCCAAGAUGUGGCCAACAGUCCCAGAUCUUCUUCUGGGCUCAGAGCAUUCUAUGCUAGCCUGCCGGCCGCCCUGCCUACUGGUGACCUUGGACCAGCCCCUGGCCCGCUCUGUCCUGGUGUCCCCUCUCCUGCCCUAGGCUAGCAAGUAGUCUCUUCUUGGGAAGCCCGCCUGAGAUCCUUGCCUCACCUCAGGCUGGCACCUGAAGGUCAGCAGCUCUUGAGAGGCCCUGGGUUUAGCCUGGUCCUGUCUGGGGUACCCCUGCAAUCGUCUCACAACCCUGUCUCAGCCCAGUCUGGGAUCCCAAUGUGAGAAGGACCUUGGCUCCUGCCUCUCAUCUUCAAAUUUCCCAGACUUGAGGUGGGGGACAGUGGAUAUGUCGAUAAGCCAGAGUCUCGACCUUGGCUGAGCAUUCUUGGCCAUCCACUCUGUUCUGAACCUCAGCAAUCCCUUCAACCAAAAUGGUCUGAUGCUGGCCACAGUGAUCUGACAGGAGCUCAGGAAGCUCCAAGAAGAGAGGAAGGAGAUAUAAAUGGGUGUUCUGCUCUCAGGGAGAACUGGGUGGCCCAGUGGCUGUGCUUAUCACAACUGGCCUGGUGCCAAGUGAGGGAGGGUGGAAGGUGAGGCCAGGGAAGAGAACACAGAGGUGCUGGGAAGACUACUUCUCCCUUGCUGUCUCCAGCAAGUUCCUUCCUCCUGCCUGCAUUCUGGGACUCCCGAACACCUACGCCACCACUGCCUUCCUCCCCAGGAGCCUUCCCCUACAUUCUGGGGUCUCUUUCACUUUUUACCCUAGCCUCUUUCACUUUUUUACCCUAGCUGAGGGCCCCCUUGUAAGCUCAGGGCCAGUGUUGGAUGUUGGGGAACAAAGCUUUUAACAGACUGCUGGGCUCCAAAGCAGGCACACACAUGUACCUAGAACAUACCAGCCACUGUCCCCACCAUGACAAUACCACAGCCAUGGACACACCCUGCCCAGGUACACAACCUCAUCCUUUGCUGGCUGUGGAGCAGACUGGGCAGCGGCCCCUGUGGGCCCAGUUCCUGGAACUGCCCGAGCCAGUCAUGCAGCCCUUGCCUGCUGGGGCCUUUCUGGAGGAGGUGGCAGAGGAGACCCGAGCUCAGACAGAGAGUGAGCCAAAGGCACUGGACCCCGAGGAGGAUCUGCUGUGCAUAGCCAAGACCUUCUCCUACCUUCGGGAAUCUGGUUGGUAUUGGGGUUCCAUUACGGCCAGCGAGGCCCGGCAACACCUGCAGAAGAUGCCAGAGGGCACGUUCCUGGUACGUGACAGCACCCACCCCAGCUACCUGUUCACGCUGUCAGUGAAAACCACUCGUGGCCCCACCAAUGUGCGCAUUGAGUAUGCCAACUCCAGCUUCCGUCUGGAUUCCAACUGCUUGUCCAGGCCACGCAUCCUGGCCUUCCCAGAUGUGGUCAGCCUUGUGCAGCAUUAUGUGGCCUCCUGCACUGCUGACACCCGAAGCGACAGCCCCGAUCCUGCUCCCACCCCGGCCCUGCCUAUGCCUAAAGAAGAUGCGCCUAGUGACCCAGCACUGCCUACUCCUCCAGCAGCCACUGCUGUACACCUAAAACUGGUGCAGCCCUUUGUGCGAAGAAGCAGUGCCCGCAGCCUGCAGCACCUGUGCCGCCUUGUCAUCAACCGUCUGGUGGCCGAUGUGGACUGCCUGCCACUGCCCCGGCGCAUGGCUGACUACCUCCGACAGUACCCCUUCCAGCUCUGACUGGGCCGGGCACUCUGCCCAGCCUCACCCAGUUGCACCCUGGAGGGGACACCAGCCCCAGCUGGACUUGGGCUCCCACUGUCCCUCCUUCAGGCAUCCUGGUGCCUGCAUACCUCUGGCAACUGGCCCAGAAAGAGCCAGCAAGAGCAAGGCUUGGGAGAGGGGAGGUGUCACACAACUUGGAGGUGAAUACCCCCAGGUCCCAUGUGGCUUCAUUACACUGAGCCAUGUGUCAGAGGAGGGGGAGACAGGCAGGACCUUGUCUCACCUGUGGGCUGCGCCCAGGCCCCCACUCACUUGCCUGCCCUGGCCAUCUGAACUGUAUGGGCACUCUCAGCCCUGGUUUCUCAAUCCCCAGGGUCAGAUAGCACCCCUACCUGCAGCCAGCCUCUGUUUCUGGGAGUUUGACAGGCAGAAGAACUGAGGUCAACAGUGACAAUCCCCUUGUUGAGGGUUAAGCCAGGCUAGGGGACUGCACAAGUAUCCACUAUUUAUUUAUUUAUUCCCCUUGAGGUUGGUGUCAGGGGUGAGCCAACCCCACCUCUGUGCCCUGAGCCCUGGUAGUCCAGAGACCUCAACUCUGCCCUGGCUUCUCUGGUUCUUCCCUUGGAAAGCCCUGAGACAAGUUGCUAAAACCAAGGCAAUCCUGGAUGUCCUGGCACUGACCCACCCAUCUGUGAAUGUGUCCACUCUCUUCUCCCCACCAGCCCUAUUUGGGGAGGAUGGACAACUACAGUAGAUAAGAAAAUGCAGCCGAAGCCUCAGUCCCCAGCAGAGCCUGUCUCACCCCCUCACAGGACAGAGCUGUAUCUGCAUAGAGCUGGUCUCAUUAUGGCGCAGGCCCCAGAAGAGUGCCUGUGCUGUCAGGAAGAGGGGUUGCUGGUUUGAGGGCCACCACUGCAGCUCUGCUGGGUCUGCUUCCUGCCCAAGAAGGUGUCUGCACACGAGAGAAAGAAAGAAAUACACAUCUGAUAAGACUUCAUGAAGUAAUAAUUCUAACAAAGAACAGUUUGGUGGUCUUUUCUCUUCCACUGAUUUUUCUGUAAUGACAUUAUACCUUUAUUACCUCUUUAUUUUAUUACCUCUAUAAUAAAAUAAUACCUUUCAUGUAUGGAGCCCUCAUUAGGGCCUCUUUUGAGUUGUGUA